AUGGAGGAGCCCACCGCAACCAUUAAGGACUAUACCGACGAGACCGCACCCGACAACGCCGAACUCGAAUACGAGCUCUUUGACGAGGAGAGCCGCACCAAGUCUGGUAUCUACGUUGAUAAGUACAAUACCAUGUUUGUCAGCGUCGAGGGCGUCCUGAGAACAGCAGCCGACAACACUCCACUCCGCUACACUUCGCCGGUUAUGAUAUCCUGGCCAGGCCCAGCUCAGACGGGAUUCGGAAAGACGAUAGCCUUCCUUACGCCGAUCCUAUCAAAGCUGCUCUUCAACCUGUCCAAGACACCAUCGCAGAACCAACCUGGAGCCGGACACGCCAAGGUUACUCCAUUCGCCUCGAUAAUUGUUCCCACUCGAGAGCUUGGCAUUCAAAUGUCUGACUCUACUCGCUCUCUCCUAUACAAGAGUCCCUUGCGCCUAGUCGUGGUUUACAGAGGCGCAGACAUGAAGUCCCAGAAGGAACAGCUUGCCGGAGGCUUUGAUAUCCUGAUUGCCACUCCUGACCGACUCAUUGGCGCGAUCGAGAGGGGCUUGACCGCGCUCUUCAGUGCCACAUUCCCACCCAACGUCCAAGUCCUCGUGGUAAAGCUGGAGGAAUACCAGAAGGAGGAAAUCCUGAUCAACCUACUCCUGUCCCAGCUUUCCUCGCGCACGGUGAUUUGUGUCAACAGCAAGCUCAGGGCUGAUAAACUGGACGAUGUCCUCUCUAGCCAAAAUUUCCCUUGCAUCUCGCUCCACGGUGACCGCAACCAGCGCGAGCGUGAGGCCGCUUUGGAUGCCUUCAAGACCGGUCGAAGCCCUAUCAUGAUCGCCACCUCGGUCGCCUCUCUUGGCCUGGACAUCAAGGACGUCAUUCGCGUGGUCAACUAA